AUGACAGCUUACACCUUCAAGGAGACUGCAAACGAGUUGCGAGGUCGAUUUGCUCGUCCAACCUCGGGAACGAUUCCGUCAAAUUUCCGUCGUCAGCCCUACAUAAAACGAACACGUUACUCUCCUUACGCAUCCGGAUUUAUUCUUCCAUAUGCUGCGAAGCAUAAAAAUGAUGAGCCAGGAUUCAUAGAAAUCUACCAGGAUGAUCGACCGUCAUCUUUGACCACCGGUUUCAAUGGACACGUUUAUCCAGUGGAAGAGUGA